CUUCAAUAAAUUAACAACUUCACCCACUUUCUCUUUCGACUUCAUUCUCCUCUCUUCAUUGAUUCAACCAGUCAGGAGUCUGUUUACUGGUGGAGUUUCAAGCCCAUGCUGAAUCUUAACCACGACGUUGUUCCAUCGGAGAUGGUUACUGAGAAUUUUCUGAAUCUUCCAGCGAACAGAAUGGAAACCGCUGGAUGUUUCAACUCGUCCUCCGUCGUUAAUGGCGAUCCUUCCGCCAGCACCACCAACGUCGACGAGGUUUUCCCGUUCACUUUCGGUAAAAAUUCCGCGGUUCAAGAAAGCUCAACGGUGAAAUCACUUUCUAUCUCCGAUGACCACCGCGACCAGACGAUGGAGUUCUUCCCGUUAACCGACGGAUUAAAUUCUAGUUCGAGUACUCAGAAGCAGUGGCCGGAGGUUUCUCCAUCGGAAUUCAAUCAUGGAGACGGCGGCGCACCGGCGCAGCCACAGGAUCAGACGAUGAGGAAAAACAGACGCGGUCCAAGGCCUCGAAGUUCGCAGUAUCGUGGCGUUACGUAUUAUCGUAGAACCGGGAGAUGGGAAUCGCAUAUUUGGGACUGCGGGAAACAGGUUUAUUUGGGCGGUUUCGAUACUGCUCAUGCUGCCGCCAGAGCAUAUGAUAAAGCGGCGAUCAAGUUUCGGGGGGUCGACGCAGAUAUCAAUUUCAGUGUCAAAAAUUAUGAAGAAGAUAUCAAACAGAUGAGUAAUAUCAGUAAGGAAGAGCUUAUUCAUAAUCUUCGUCGCCGUAGCAAUGGAUUUACAAGAGGGAGCUCGAAGUACAGAGGAGUUACCUUGCAUAAAUGUGGUCGAUGGGAAGCUCGGAUGGGCCAGUUCUUGGGCAGGAAGUACAUGUAUCUUGGUCUCUUUGAUAGUGAGAUUGAAGCUGCAAGGGCCUAUGACAUAGCUGCCUUAAGAUGCAAUGGUAAAGAGGCUGUAACAAACUUUGAUCCAAGUUCUUAUAUGUCAGAGAUGGCUGCAGAGACUGACACAGGAGAGGACAACCAGAGUCUUGACCUGAGCUUGCGAAUUGCUCCCCCCAAUCAUUCUGACCCUCAAAGUGAGAGCAUUGGCAUGUUUGGUAAUGGUUGUCAUCUCAGCUCACCUGACAUCGUCGUUGAUGGUAGAGCGACGCUUGAGAACUCUGUUACAGCAGCAAUUGGAUCUUCUCAGCCAUAUGGCUAUGCUGUGCCUUCAAAUUCCUGUUUCUUUCCCAUCUCCAGGGAAAGAGCAGCAGAGACGAGAAUGGGGGAGUGGCAAAUCCAUGGCCACUCAAAUGGAUUAACCUCUGUGCCAUUCUUCUCUGCUGCAGCAUCAUCAGGAUUCCUUUCUUCUUCUUCUUCUUCUUCUUCUUCUUCUUCUUCUUCUUCUUCUUCUUCUUCUUCUUCAACUUCUUCUUCUUCUGCCAUUUCAUCCUCUGCUGUUGGUGAAAUCCAUUUCUCAGCUAUUUUCCAUCACCAUGACAGCAACUUAUCCAACUUCUACUGUAGGAAUUGAACUGGAAAUCCCUUGGGGGAA